GCCGUUGCUCGGCCGAAUUCGGCGCGGCCACGUCGGAGGAAGGCGGGCCCCUCCCACCGCCCCACCUCCCGCGGCUUCGCUGUCAUAGGAGCGGCUCCGGCGAGCGCGUCGGGCAGCGGAAGGCCCCAGGCGCCCAGGCCUCGCAGCGGCUAGACCGGCGGCGGAGGGGAGAUGUCGGACCUCGGCGAGUGGUUCCGGAGCAUCCCGCUCAUCACCCGCUACUGGUUCGCCGGCGCCAUCGCGGUCCCUCUCGUCGGCAAGCUAGGCCUCGUCAGCCCCUUCUACCUCUUCCUGUGGCCCGAGGCCUUCAUCAACCGCUUCCAGGUAAGCGAGUGGGCGGACUGCAACUCCCGGCAUGCUCGGCGCGAGCCUGGCGCUUAAGAAUCACCCGGCGGCGCUGCGCUGUGCCUGCCGGGAGUUGUAGUUCAUUUAUUGGGAGUCGGCGUGGGGCUCGGCAGCGCUGGUUGUCAAUGGAUCGCAGGGAGUUGGAAGGGACCCCCAGGGUUCAUCUCGCCCAGCCCCCUCCCUGCGAUGCAGGACAGCUGCCUACCGCCGUCCCUGGGUGGGCUCGAACCAGCGACUUUCUGGUUGACAGCCAGGCGCACUGACGCCUUGUGCCACCCGAGGGAGACAGGCGGGAAGUGUCAGUGCUGUGUCAUGGCCACCUGUUGGGGGGACGGGACACCCCUUGUAAAGGUGCCUUGUUUUGAGCCCAGGACUUCCUCCCUCUUUUCUGAAAGCAAAGCACACUACCACGCUUUAGUGGGGAAUGUUUAGGUCUUUACCAUCGUGGGUUCAAAUUCCCACAGUAAGUCCUGAAACUCAUUCGCCGCAUCUGGAAGCUUGAACAUCAUCAUCAUCGAUAUCUCAAAAUCAAACAUUGUUACUUUGUGUGCAGCCACUUUAUCUCCUCCUUUUGUGCAGAUGAGUGAAUGAUACAGUACAGUGGUACCUUAGGAUGCGAACGGGAUCCGUUCCGGAGCCCCGUUUGCAUCCUGAAUAGAACGUAAGACGCAUGUGCAUGGGUCACGUUUCGCCGCUUUCGCGCAUGCGAGUGAUGUCAUUUUCACCGUCUGCGCAUGCACGAGCGGCGAAACCCGGAAGUAACGCGCUCCGUUACUUCCGGAUUGCCGCGGAGCGCAACCCAAAAAUACUUAUCCUGAAGCAUAAAUAUCCUGAGGUAUGACUGUAUAUGAAGCCAAGUGCUUUGUGUCAGCAUCUUGGUUUGUUCAGAAACCAUUAUGCUUAAUCAUUUUCUGGUUUGCAUAUAAUAAGGAACUAUGAUGGAAGGCUUUCUGGUUUGUUUGUUAGGUUGUUGUUUUUUCCUUCCAAGAUGGUAGGAGUAAAGCAGGCAUGUGAUGCUUAUUCAUGUGCGCAGCGCUUGCUCUACAAGUGAGGAGGAGCCUGGGCUAACAAAAUGUCUUUACCCUAGUAUUGAAAUGUUAAGGUAACAGCUCCAUUAAUAGGGUGAGGAGGCCAGGGCAGAAUAGGUUUCCUUCUGGACCUUGCUAGGCCUACAGGACCUUCAGAAAGCAGUAAAGCAGUAAAGCAGCCAUAAAUAGAACACCUUCAAGGUGGUGUUCUCUGAAAUGCUACAUGCAUAGCCAGCUAAACAUUCUCAAUGUGUUUGUGAGACAAGAAUCUGGAUUUGUUAGGCACUGAGGAAACAUUAUGGAACUAUAUAGGCUUCCAAUAAAGGGACAGGCUUUAUUGAACCAGGGAAGAACUCGGUUCUUAAAAUUAGCAUUGUAACAGAGCAGCUUUUAAGUUGGUCACUGGAGGAACAGCUGGUUUGGAAUAUGCGAGGAUGAACAUGUUGUAUCGUGCAAGGGGGACAUUAUAGGAAUUCAAAGAGGCCAAAGUAAAGUAGGAUAAAAUGUAUGUGCCAGAUCCGUUUGGAAACAGAGAUCAUGAAUAGAUGUUCAUUUGUUAAUUAUAGAAGCCUCUGAGUGGAUGAACUGGAAUGCUUGGUUUUAAAAGAGAGAGUAGAUGUAUUGGGCAUAGUGGGCAAUGGUAGCACACAGUUGUCUCCGCAUCUGGACUAUAGGAAGGACAGAGAAGGGUGUUCUAGAGGUGGUGUUGCUCUGCAUGUCAAAGAGGACACAGAGUCCCGUGAGAUUGAAAUCCCAAAAGGGACAGACUCCACCACAGAAUUGUUAGGUGGUGAUAUUGGACCCCAAGAAUAAUUUAGUACUGGGGACCUUCUAUCACCCCCCUGAUCAAAAUGCUCAGGAAGAUCUUGAGAAGAGAAGGAGCUCAAGGAGGCAUCCAAAAGAAGGAAUGUCAUAGACAGGAUAACAACAGGAAAACCCCCAGAAACCCAGAAGACAAAAGUCAGAGACUGAUGUGCAUUAUAAUGAGUGAAAUAAGUAUUUGAUCCCCUAUCAACCAGCCAGAUGUCAGGCUACCUGGUAUCUUCACUGGAUGUAACGAGCUGAGAUUAGAAGUACCAGCUGUAAGGGAGAGGUCUUAUCUGUAAUCCCAGCUCGUUACAGUACCUGUACAAAAGACACCUGUCGACAGAAGCAAUCAAUCCAGCAGAUUUCAAAGUAGCCACCAUGACCGAGACCAAAGAGCUGUCCAAGGGGGAAGUUGUCAGUGAUCUCAAGGCAGCUGGGACCAUACUCACCAUGAAAACAGUUGGUAACACUCUAAGCCGUGAAGGACUGAGAUCUUGCAGAGCCCGCAAGGUCCCCUGGCUCAAGACAGCACAUGUACAGGCCCGUCUGCAGUUUGCCAAUGCACAUCUGAAUUACCCAGAGGAGAACUGGGUGAAAGUGUUGUGGUCAGAUGAGACCAAAAUCGAGCUCUUUGGCAUCAACUCAACUCGCUGUGUUUGGAGGAGGAGGAGUGCUGCCUACGACCCCAAGAACACCACCCCCACCGUCAAACAUGGAGGGGCACAUAUUAUGCUUUGGGGGUGUUUUUCUGCUAAGGGGACAGGACACCUUCACUGCAUCGAAGAGACAAUGAACAGGACCAUGUAUCGUCAAAUUUUGGGUGAGCACCUCCUUCCCUCAGCCAGGGCAUUGAAAAUGGGUCGAGGAUGGGUAUUCCAGCAUGACAAUGACCCAAAGCACACGGCCAAGGCAACAAAGGAGUGGCUCAAGAAGAAGCACAUUAAGGUCCUGGAGUGGCUUAGCCAGUCUCCAGAUCUUAAUCCCAUCGAAAAUCUGUGGAGGGAGCUGAAUGUUCGAGUAGCUACACAUCAGCCUCAAAAUCUUACUGACUUGGAGAGGAUCUGCAAAGAGGAGUGGGACAAAAUACCUCCUGAGAUGUGUGCAAACCUGGUGGCCACCUACAAGAAACGUCUGACCUGUAAUUUCCAACAAGGGCUUUGCCACCAAGUACUAAGUCAUCUUUUGCAAAGGGAUCAAAUACUUAUUUCACUCAUUAUAAUGCACAUCAAUCUCUGACUUUUGUCUUCUGGGUUUCUGGGGGUUUUCCUGUUGUUAUUUUGUCUCUCACAGCUACAAUGAACCUACCAUUAAAAUUAUGGACUGGUCAUUUCUUCGUCAGAGGGCAAAUUUAGCAGGGGAUCAAAUACUUUCCCCCCUCACUGUAAGUGGAUGACUUCUUUCUGUGUCAGAAAUGCAAGCAUGAUCAGCCCCUUGUGGCAAGGCAAUUUUUUGUGGCUGCUGCUACUCAGAGUUAGCAGGGCUGGAAAUGACAUAGGCAGGGAGUUCGCUAGAACAGGUGGAAUGUGCUCUAUUUUUUGUGUAAAGACAGGCGAUGCUUGUGCAAGUCCUACAAUAUAGCACUGGGGACGUAGCCACCUACUGCUUGGAGAUUUUUGAAAUAUUAAGUGUUAUUUAAAUGCUGUUAUAUAUAUGAAAUAAACCACCCUCAUAGAAAUACAUUACAGUGGUACCUCAGGUUAAGAACUUAAUUCGUUCUUAACCUGAAACUGUUCUUAACCUGAAGCACCACUUUAGCUAAUGGGGCCUCCUGCUGCUGCUGCUGCGCCGCUGGAGCACGAUUUCUGUUCUCAUCCUGAAGCAAAGUUCUUAACCCGAGGUAAUAUUUCUGGGUUAGUGGAGUCUGUAACCUGAAGUGUAUGUAACCCGAGGCACCACUAUACUUCAUUUCUAUAGCAUGUAUAAAUUUGGGUCCUCCAAGGAGAAGUUACUUGUGUACUGCCAUGCUCUUGGAUCAGAGCUUUCCAAACUUUUCAUCUCGCUGACAUACUUUUUCGACGUGCAUCAUUUUGCAACACAGUAAUUCAGUUUUACAAGCAAGCUGGAGGUUUAACUAACCCCUUUCCAGCCUCAGGAGGAGCAUGGGGAGCAUUCGCACAACACAUGUACAAACUGCAGCCGACAUACUAACAUGUUGCAGCACACAGUUUGGAAAGCUCUUGUCUUAAAUGAUUGUUACUCUGACUUCACCCCCCUACAUUUCUCUCCCAUCUGCUAGUCAAGUGAGGCUUACAUACCAUGCAUCAUGUGGAGUUGCUAAGCUUAUGCCAUAAUAAAUUUGUCAGUAGUUAAGGUGCCACAAGACUCUCGGUUGUUUCACUGUAAUAAACCUCUGAAUUCAUACUCUCUCUUUAAAAUGUUUGAACAGAUCUGGAGGCCAAUCACAGCAACCUUCUAUUUUCCAGUCGGCCCAGGAACGGGGUUUCUUUACCUGGUGAACUUAUAUUUUUUGUAUCAGUAUUCAUCACGAUUAGAAACAGGUAAUGUAACAUUGAAUAUAUAACAUACUAUUUAGUUUUCACAUUCAGUGGCACUAGUUACCUUCCAUUUUCUUUUAUAAUCUUCUUGUGGCCAUAGAUGCUAAUUCGGAUGCAUAUAUAAGAACAUAAGAAGUUGCCCUAUACUGAGUCAAGGCAUUAGUCCAUCAAGCUCAGUACUGUCUGCACUGACUGGCAGUGGCUGUCCAGGAUUUAAAACAGAGGGACUCUCCCAGUCCUACCUGGAGAUGCCAGGCAUUGAGUCUGUGACCCUAUGCAUGCGAGGCAGGGGCUCUGUCAAUGGAGCUGUGAGAAUCUCAUCUUGCUAAGAUGCAGAACUCACAGGGUUGCAUCCAAACUUCUGCAUAUUCUUCAUGCAGCCCUUAGCGCUGCCUCCUAGCUCCCGAACGCCGCAAACCUGGAAGUGAUUGUUUUUUAGCGUUCUUUUGGAAACGUCCGAUGGGGCUUCCAUGGCUUCCAAUUGGCUGCAGGAGCUUCCUGUAGCCAACCGGAAGCCUCGAUUUGGUUUUUGAACGUUUUGGAAGUCGAAUGGAUUCCGUUUGACUUCCAAGGCAUGACCGUACCUCAAAGAUGCACUGCAGCGUUGUUUCCUGUAUUUUUUGCAGAGAAAUAAUGCUAGAUCCAAAGCUGGUACCCAUAUUAAAUAAAGAGGCUUUCCUCUCCCCAAAUGUGGAGAUGAUAUAUUUCGUGUCUAUUAAAACAGCCAGUUUUCCCCCCAAGCAUUUCUUAACUGGAAGAAAAACCUUCCCUGACUCUUCCUGCGGGCUCCUGAAAUGGAUCAGCCUCUCGUUUCUUCCUCUGAACGAAAGCCACAGUUGUGUCGUGCAAUAUAAUCAUAGCCCUUAAGAUCCACCCAGUGUCUCUGGGGGGAACAAUGCAAAACAACUGCCAAGGUUUCAGCUCGCUCUAACGCCACUCUUUUGUUCACAGGCGCUUUCGAUGGAAGACCCGCCGACUAUAUGUUCAUGCUUCUCUUUAAUUGGAUCUGCAUAGUUGUAUCCUUUUUUAUUUGCUACACCAACGUUUUGGCAUGUUUGAGUUCUGCAGAGGGGUGGGAGUCUGUUGUGUGGUCCUCAACUGUGUUCAGUCACAUAUCCACUGCAUGGCCUUAGUAGUUGUAGUAAAGUAAAGUAAAGUAAAGGUAAAGGGACCCCUGACCAUUAGGUCCAGUCGUGACCGACUCUGGGGUUGCGACGCUCAUCUCACUUUAUUGGCCGAGGGAGCUGGCGUACUGCUUCUGGGUCAUGUGGCCAGCAGGACUAAGCCACUUCUGGCGAACCAGAGCAGCACAUGGAAACUCCGUUUACCUUCCCGCCGGACCUAUUUAUCUACUUGCACUUUGACGUGCUUUCAAACUGCUAGGUUGGCAGGAGCUGGGACUGAGCAACGGGAGCUCACCCCGUCGCAGGGAUUCGAACCGCCGACCUUCUGAUCAGCAAGUCCUAGGCUCUGUGGUUUAACCCACAGCGCCACCUGCGAUCCUCCAGUAGUUGCAGUAGUAUUUAUUAAAUUUGUAUACCACCCUUCAUCUGAAGAUCACAGGGCGGUUCAUAACGUAAAAAUACAAAACGAGAACACUAAAUAUAUAAUAAAAAACAGAACCCAAUACCGCCCCCCCCACAAACACAUUCAAAAGGCCAUAGAUUGUUUAAUCAGCCGAAGAGUGAUAUUUUUGCCUGGCAGCGCCAAAUGAGCCUCCCUUGGGGUAGCAUUCCACAAAUGGGGAGCCACCGCAGAAAAGGCCCAUUCUCGUGUAGUGGACCUCUUGUGGAGAGGGCACAUGAAGAAGGGCCUCAGGUGAUGACCACAGGUUGGUUCAUAUGGAGAGAGGCGGUUCUUGAGCUAUUGUGGUCCUGAACCGUUUAAGGCUUUACAGGUCAAAGCCAGCAUUUAGUCAAGUUAAUCUGCUUCACUCCUUUCUGCCCCUUUUGUACUAUGAUGUCUUGUUAAUAAUUAUUCAUAAUAAUUUUAUUAUUUAUACCCCAUCCACCUGGCUGGGUUUCCACAGCCACUCUGGGCAGUUUCCAGCACAUAUAAAAACAUAGUAAAACGUCAGGCAUUAAAAAGCUCCUGAUACAGGGCUGCCUUCAGAUGUCUUCUAAAUGUUGUGUAGUUCUUUAUCUCCUUGAUAUCUGGUGGCUUUGUGUUUGACUGUACGUGUAGGAAUUGUUGUAAGGAUUGCAGGUAAAAAAACCUCAGAAAGAUGCUGUAUAAAUAGUUUUAUAAUAGGGCAUCACUGGCCCUGUCCUAAACCCUGAUUGAGUGGCUGAGCCUUAAUGAGCUCAGAGUGAAGUGUUGGGCCUGUGCCUGUCUGCUUCUUGUGUAGCUAGGGGAAGGACUUCUGCCAAGUUGAGUUUAGCUUUCGAGGAAUCUUGGCUUCGCAUUCCGUAAAAAAACAGUACUCCUGGCUUAAAAUGACUAAUGGUUUAACAGUGGCAGCUUCAAAUUUGGCAACUGUGUUACACCAGGAUACCUCAUUCGUACCUAAUGCUAAGAUGAGAUUCUUUGAAAGCAGAACUAAACUUUGUAGAAGUCUUCCUCCUGGUCCUGCUGGAGGAGAGGUGAGAGGGGAGCAGGCACAUCCUUGGUUGCACUUGAGUCCAUUGAAGCUUGCCUGCAGAACAGUAAUGGCAGUGUCUAGUAUGUCCGGCUAACAGAACUUUUUCUUCUGCACUGUACUGUGUUGAAUCUGAUUCACUUGCUCUCUCACCAGCAAUAUUUCCACAGGCUGUUUCAAAGCCAUGCUGUGGGUUUCCAGACAGAUUCUGUCCAUCUCUUUUAGUCCCUUGAGUUAAAUGUGCCUCAUCACAAGGUUGCGCUUCUUGUCUUCUGUUUUAGUUUGGUUUUCCUUAGUGAAACAAUGAAAGAUUACUGGUUUGGCAAUGAAUAUGCAGGUAAGCAUGUCUGUUUUCAAAGCGACCUGGCUUCUAAAGUGCCAGGUCUUUCGUGCCACUUGUACAGAAUUCAUGUGGGCCAGAUCAGAUCAGAGUGGAUUAUGUGUACUGUGUAUUCAAUACUCUCCCAUCUAAACCAGUGUGCUGGCAGGGAGAAAAAGGGUCAGUUUGUGUUUCUGAACACCUGAAAGCACCAAGCAAAACACUCCGCAUUCCUGUCCAGCAAGUUUGGUGUGAAUUUUCUGGUGAUACCCAAGUGCAAAACUGUAGGAGAAAUAACCUUGAGAGAAAAUGGCUGCAUUCAGGUUUUAACAAUACCUUGCUGCGACCCUCCAUGUCUCUCAGAACAUUCCCCAACCACACCCUCCCCAAGUCUGUCUGUCUGUCUCUCACACGAUUGGCCUUGCUUUGCAUUGAAAGGUGCCCUUGAACUCUGAUAAUGUUUCAUGUUUGCCUGGAGGACAGAGAAAAGGGUGUGGGUGGGUGUUUUGUCUACUGUGCAAAGGUAAAUUUUACAUUAGUCGAUACUGUUCUGUGGACGUGUCUCUUCGGCUCCCCUGCUCCUCUCACGCAGCUGCAAGGAGGAGAGAUUGGAAGCUUUCCCUUCUGUUCUUAUCCAACUGCAAUUUUGCAUCGUGUCCACACAGGGUGUAUUGUGCUUUCUCUGUGGUGUGACCGAAAGAAGCAGGUUUAGGAAGCUGACCGCAGAGUAGGCAUUGGACAGUGAAAAUAGGGGCCAGGGCUUCUGAUCUUCCCACAGGCAUGCUUUGGAAGGAGAAAUUAGGCUUAAGGCUUAUUCACGUAAUGUAGGGUUGGGGAACCUCUGACCACCCAGAUGACUACAACCCGCAUUGUCCCUGAUCAUUGCCUGUGCUGACUGUGACUGAUGGGAGUUGGGGAGUCCAGCAAUAUGUGGAAACUGCCAGUUUUCCAUCGCUGGUGUAAUGAUGAUAAACCACAUCAUACCCCUUGAAUGCAUUCUAUGCAGGUGAUAAGCAGUCUUACCAAUGUCAACAGUGAGUGUGCCGUAGGUGCAUUCCUUUUCAGCUGAAGCUGCCAUAAAGCCUUUGCCCUUUGUAGGAAGGAGAACUUCUGAGACGCGCCUGGAGCUUCAGGCAGAGUUUCCAACUGCACCCUGUUCUUCUCAAACUCAGACUCCCAUAUUUGGGCUCUAGGAGCUAUAAGACCUUUUGAUUUCCAGAAAGAGGGAGAGGUGUACAUUCCUGCUUUUGAUUACGUCUCUACUGUGAGACUUUGAGGCUGAAACCAUUUCCUGGGAGUUUCAUAAGAGCACCUCUUGGGAUUGUAUCCGUGAACUCCUUGCCAGCUGCAUUGGGCCCAACCUCUCCCUACUCUCUCUGAGGGUUUCCAUCUCAGGCCCUUCUAGGCCACUCGUGCCCAGUUCUCCCAAAUGCAUGCAUCAUUUUGCACCGCAGAGAAGAAUCGUAUUUAACUUUGCAUCUAAAAUAGCCAGUCAGCCCCAAUUGUUUAAGAUAUGUGUGUGUGUGUAAUCUAACUUUCAGGUAAUUAAGCAAGCCUGGUGCUGACACCUCUGUCAAACUGUCCUUGCCAAUCGCACAAUCACAUCUCUCAGUCACAUUAGCUUUUUAAAAAAGAUCUUGUUGAAAGUAAAUCAACACCAUUUUUUCUUGCGAUGGAACUCAUUACGCAAGAACCAACACGGAUGUUAUGAAUAAGGAGGCCUAAAAACCUGCAAUCCCCCUGUUUGUGCUCAGUUCCGUCAGUGCAGAAUCAGGAGGGGAUCGCUGGACUUAAUUUUUAAGUCUAUUUUUAUUUCUAUAAUUUGAGCAGACUCCUGUAAUCUCAAGGGCUGCAAUCUGAGGUAUAUUUCCAUGGAAAAUACACUUGGUGAGAUGGUGGCAAAAUCAGUGGGACUUAAUUCUAGGAAUAAACAAGGCUAGGAACCAAGUAUUUCUCUGUGCACCAAUCCUUCAUCACUUGUGACCCACUAAGCUGAAGGCAGCCCACAAGCCAUGUAUUGUGGUUUGACCGAUCUUGACAACAGGCCUUUGUAUUUGCUAUCUGGGACAGGCAGCAAAACCAGAUUUCUCGCGCCCCGGCAUGCUGUCCUGUUUGGUGAUAGGCUGCUUUCUGCUUGGCAGAUCUCAAAUUAGGGAACCUGGGGCAAAGAGGGAAAACGCCUUUCUAAAACAUUUUUUCAAUGACGAUGUGCUGUCAGGUGUGGAGAGACCUCUCUGUGGCAGGCAUCCAUUAAAGAGCCACAGCAAGCUUUGGGCUUCUGUGCUCUCUCUCCUGCUUGCUCUGGCACAGCUGUUAGAAGACCAGAAACUUUUUCAUCUGUUUUAUAUGAACCACAGCUUAGUGUGUUGGCUGAACUCUAAGCUAUGGAUAAUUGUAACUAUAGUUAGUGAUAACAACUCAAGGUUAUAGCCAGUUCUCAGAUUCAAGUGACAUGCUGCAGUUAAUCAAAAACAAAAGGCAGAGAUUUCAAACUCCCCUGUGCAACCAUGUCAGGAGUGGGGAGGAGACACGCGCCAGAGUCUUGUUUCCAUAAUACUAAGUCCAGGUUUGAAGUUAUGUGCAAAUUGGAGAGAACACUAAACAGGCCUCUGCGUUUUUUUUUAUUGUGAACCUUCUGCAGUUGCUUAGGUCUCCUGUACUGAAUCUCAAUCUUUUUCUCUCUUCAUUCUCUUGCUUCCCUUGUAGCUGCUGAUGAUUCCCUUGAUCAUGUCCGUACUUUACGUUUGGGCCCAGCUGAACAGAGACAUGAUAGUGACAUUUUGGUUUGGGACACGGUUUAAGGUAAGGCCAAAGGGCUUUCCCCUUUCCUCAAGCCUUCUGCCCAUAUCAAAGGAACUUUGCUCACUCACUGGGGAAGGGAGGCAGCCCCCCCCCCGUGACUACUUGUCCCUUCCAGAUUCUUAAAGGGAUACUGGCAUCAGAGGAUCUCUUUUGCUGCCUCUGAAGGUGUUUCACUUCCAAGCCUUUCUGCAGGGUAGCCUCGGAGUUGAUAUCAUGUGCCUUGGCCACAAUAGACGUCGACCUAUGUGUGAGAUGGCAAUGUCUUUAUACUACAUUGUAUGCUCUAGAAACACCUUGCGAUGCUCCAGCCAGGCAGGGGCCUGUAGCAGAGCGCCUUGACCUUUACCCACCUCCCUGAUGCUACUAGCCACCUCAUGUCAGAUCGCCAUGCUUUCUCUUGGCUGCCAGAUACGUAGUUGUGGGGGCUAUGCUAUCAUGGAAUGUUAGGAUUGGAGAAGGGGAUUUGUCAUCCUUGUCCGGUAUGCAAUGAGGAGGUGUACAGACAAGGAAAAUAUUGGCAAAGGCAGUGCAGGAUGGGAGGGAAAGGCAGAGUCGGGAGAGGGAUUUUAUGCCAGCAGAGGCAAGGGAUGGAGCAAAAAAGCUGAAGGGGAUUUAACUGCAACUUGGGUGUCCUGAUAGCAUGUUGCAACCCAGGGAGAGGUACUGUACUUCUAAAAUGUGAAUUACAUGUCACCGACUAGCUAGAGCAAAACCUCCAUAGUUGGGGGGGGGGGGGGAAACGUCUAUAUCAGCUAGACUGGGAGCGGCCGCCGAGACCAUUUAAAUCCCUAAAUGACCUCGGCCCAGUAUACCUGAAGGAGCGUCUUCACCCCCAUCGUUCUACCUGAAAACUGAGGUCCAGCGCCGAGGGCCUUCUGGCGGUUCCCUCAUUGUGAGAAGCAAAGCUACAGGGAACCAGGCAGAGGGCCUUCUCGGUAGUGGCACCCGCCCUAUGGAACGCCCUCCCAUCAGAUGUCAAAGAGAUAAACAACUACCUAACAUUUAGAAGACAUCUGAAGGCAGCCCUGUUCAGGGAAAGUUUUAAUGUGUGGUAUUUUAAUGUAUUUUUAAUCUUUGUUGGAAGCCACCCAGAGUGGCUGGGGAAACCCAGCCAGAUGGGCGGGGUACAAAUAAUAAAUUAUGAUGAUGUUGAUGAUGAUGUCAUGAAAUAACCAUGGGGUUGUUUCCAGUGAUGCGAGCGGAGCUCUGUUUGAUCCAACUGGAGCCCGCUGGAUCAGCCUAAUAGCCCACCUAGUCCAGCAGCCUGCUCUCUCAGGGGCCAGCCAGCCACUGACUUUGCCUUUCUCUGCUCCUCAAAUAUGCUCCAAAAUGGACCCCAACCCUCUGGAGCAGAUUUUCAGGGUGUGCAGUGGGCUUCAGAGAUGAGCAAAUGGAGAUGAGCUCUGUUGUGCAAGUGGAAGUCAUCAACAUUGGAUGCAACCCCUGUACAUUAAAUGCUCAAUAAUGUAUUUAGCUAGCUAUAUUUCCGUCAGGGACUUGUAUUUGGAGAAUUCUGAAGCAGGUGGAGACUAAACUGUGCUCUUCAGUUUCCUUGUUCACAGCAAGUUUGCAUGUGCUCUUCUUGUCCUAGGCAUGCUAUCUACCGUGGGUUAUUCUGGGAUUCAACUAUAUCAUCGGAGGCUCGUAAGUAUCCCCAAAUACCUGUUUUGUAUUACAGUAAAUACAGUCCUUAGAGUAACAUGUGGCUUACCUCCAUACCCCGAAGGACAUCUGAAACGUCUGGAUAAUUAAGAGGAAUGUGUGUGAAUGCAGUGGCCUUUUUUUUUUGCAGUGGCAAGGAGAUGCUCUUUCCCUUGCAUUGCCCAGCAAUUCCACUGACCCAACCUCCAGAUCUUCACUGGCGGGUUUCUCAGUGAGCAAUUUCCAUGGCGAAAGGUCCCAGCCAUCGUACCAGCCCUGCUCAAGCUGCAGUUGCUCCUGCACGAGCAGCAGGCUCCUGUGCUCUUCUCUCUCCAAAAGAAAAAGUGAAUGCAGGAAGGAAAGGAACUUCCUGUGCCCGUUUGACUCUUCCGUCUGCCUUAUUUUUUAGCCUGUCCUUUGAGCAUGGUAACUGCUAGGAGUUGUAGCUUUGGGCAUGUAUGGUACAUUUUUUGCUGCCAUAUAGGAGUAUAGCAAUAUAGGAGUAUUUUGCUGCUAUACAGGAGAGUCAACGUGGUGUAGUGGUUAAGAGCGGUGGACUCGUAAUCUGUUGAACUGGGUUCGUGUCUCCGCUCCUCCACAUGCAGCUGCUGGGUGACCUUGGGCUAGUCACACUUCUCUGAAGUCUCUCAGCCCCACUCACCUCACAGAGUGUUUGUUUUGGGGGAGGAAGGGAAAGGAGAUUGUUAGCCGCUUUGAGACUCCUUAGGGUAGUGAAAAAGCGGGGUAUCAAAUCCAAACUCCUCCUCCUCUUAGGGAUAGGAGCCCAAGGCUGCCCCUCCCUCCAGCCCCAGCUUAGCCUCCUUGGCUGUAUGUUGGGGCCACCAAGAUGAUUUAUUGCUCAGGUAAGUCCUGGCGUCCAGCCCGCUUCGGCUGCGCAGCUACCGGCCAGGCCUCCGCACUUCAAAGGGCCACAUUCCGAUGCUCUGAGCAAACGCAGAGUUAAGCAGCGGUAAGAGAAAGCUGCAAACUUCAGUGCUUUCUUCAGUGUGCUUAAAUAAAGUCCACUCAGGAUCUUAGCAGCGAAAAGCAGUUUUAUUUACAGCAGACUAUCCAUUGUCAAACAGCAUCGUGAAAAACACAUCCACUCUCCUCAAAAACGAAAGUAGAGAAAGAAACAAAGGCUGGAGACUCUCAGAUAUGACGCAGAAUCUCCCCCCUCCCAAAUAGUAGGCAGGGCGUACACUCUGAGCUGUUUAACCCUGUAAGCUCAGGUUCUCCUCACAGGUUCAGUGUGUAUAGAUUGCCUUCAGGUCGGCAGCAGAAAAUGCUUUACUACAGAAUUGUUCAACGCUGAUCCCAUUCUCUUCUCCCUGCAGUAUCAUCAAUGAGCUGAUUGGCAACCUGGUUGGCCACCUGUACUUUUUCUUAAUGUUUAAAUAUCCAAUAGACUUGGGAGGAAGAAAUUUCCUAUCAACGCCUCAGUUCCUGUAAGUUGUUUUAUAAGGUUUUCUCCGUUUUUAAAAGGAAAAUCAGGUUGCUUAUUAGGAAACAUUUGAGUUAUCCUAUUUGAAUAAAAGGGUUUAUAACAGUGAUAACUAGAGAAUUUAGGUGACCCAAGCAAGCUUUUCCAGUUUGCUGGAUCUAUGAUGGGGUCUUCCACAUUUAUCAGAGCAUGCAUCUCUGACAGCGAAACCAAUAAGGAGAGCUUUUCAACUGAAACUUUUAGAAGCCAUGAAUCAAAGAGGAAGAUGACAAUAGACUUGUAAAAUGAAGUUUGAAAACAAGUAAUUCAACUUAAACUGGCUUACGCAUGCUUACUCAAAAAUGUCUUUUUGAAUUAACGUGGGGAGGAAGCAGCAGCAGAGAUACAUUUCAGACAUCGUGAUAUAUCAGCAUAUAUCAAUAUUUAGCUGUUGAUAUAUCACAAUGCUGAAAACCAGAUCUUGCCCAGUCCUCGAUGCAAGCACACAUACUCACAAUCUCUCUCUCAGAAAACAUACUGGUUCUAUCCCAGUUCAAAGCCAAAGAGUGAGAUACACCCACACUGUUUCGAGGGGAGAAAUAAUUGCUGUAUCUCUUAAGAGAGCUGCCUAACACUUCCUGUAACCCAUAGGUGACACAUUUGCAGAUCCUGCCAAAUGUGACAGAUCGUCCGUUUUUAAACUGGGGCAUUUAACACUUCUUAAUGUAUUAAUAAGGGACACGGGUGGCGCUGUGGUCUAAACCACAGAGCCUAGGACUUGCCGAUCAGAAGGUUGGCGAUUCGAAUCCCCGCGACGGGGUGAGCUCCAGUUGCUCGGUCCCUGCUCCUGCCAACCUAGCAGUUCGAAGGCACGUCAAAGUGCAAGUAGAUAAAUAGGUACCGCUCCGGCAGGAAGGUAAACGGCAUUUCCGUGCGCUGCUCUGGUUCGCCAGAAGUGGCUUAGUCAUGCUGGCCACAUGACCCGGAAGCUGUACGCCGGCUCCCUCGGCCAAUAAAGCGAGAUGAGCGCCGCAACUCCAGAGUCAGUCACGACUGGACCUAAUGGUCAGGGGUCCCUUUACCUUUACCUUUUAUGUAUUAAUAUGCAAUGCUUUCCCUCCCACUAAACUAGGAAGGGCAAUGCUUUUGAGAUAUCCCUGAGUGUUUGAUAAAAGAAUGAAAACUGACAAAAGAACUUCAGACUUGUUAGGGGGUCUGCCAAAACAGUUCCAAUUAGGUUAAAACUGCACUCAAAGGGGCAGGGUGGGAUUGAACAGUAUCUUAGCCAUAUGUCAUCCAAUCAUUUUGCUGUUUGGCCAGUUUAUAGCUCUUACUGUGUAGAUUCUACAUGCACAAUGCCACAAAGCUGGAACUAGUCCUGAUUUCAGAAAGACCAGGCAUAUUUGAACGGCUCUUUCGCUUGGCCCCCAGGUACCACUGGCUGCCGAACAGGAGAGGAGGAGUCUCUGGAUUUGGGGUGCCCCCCGCCAGCAUGCGCAGGCCUGCAGAGAACCGCCAGGGCGAAGGGAGACACAACUGGGGCCAGGGUUUCCGGCUGGGCGAUCAGUGAAAGAACUUCCUCCUUUUUCUCUUCUUCUUUUUUUCCUUUUUGUGUGCGGGACAUCUUUAACCAUUCACGGGAAUGGCUCCUACUGAGGAGUGUACUCAAGAACUGGGUUUGCUCGAGGGCAAUUGGGUCUGGCCCAUUAAGAAAUCUUAACUUUUUCUUUUCGUUCCUGGUGGAAGAUGACACAACGGAAGGCACAAGAUAGAUUUUACUCCAGGCUGUUGAAUAGUGCUCAACUCAGUGCUGCCAUUAAAAAAAAAAAAAAGAACACACAUUUUUAAUAUUGUCUAGCACAGUGUAUUUUCUUUUACCAACCUCUCCUCAGGUGAAUUUUAUGUUGUUGCAUCUGAAUUUCACGCCUUUCUUUGCGUAAGAGCCCUACAGUCCAGUAAGAAUCUACUCCUUGGGUCAGAGAAUUGUCCAACACAGUAACUGGUGGUAAAAAGGGUUACUUCAGAGUUUGCUGUAAUACUAACUAGCAGGAGCUCUUCGGGUAUUGAUAACUAUGUUGGUAUUUAUUUAGCAGGAUCGGAGCCUAAAAUUUCCUGUGUAAGGCAUCAGAUAUGUGUUUUGACUGGAGGAGAUGCGAACCUAGGCCACAGGCAGAGCGCUAGCUCUCUCGUGGGAAAUUUUUGCUGCGGCCAUCUAAAUGCCUCUGCCUCUUCAGCUGUAGAUUGGGGGCACUUUAAUGCCAGUCCUGUGCACACACUCACUUGGUGGGGCUUACUUCCGAGUAAAUAACAUGCAUAGGACCGAGACAAAACUCAGUUCUUUGGAAUCUGUAAGGUAAUCACGCUUGGGUUUGUAUCUUGUAAAGGGGAAGGCAAGCCGUGAAAAACAAAGUUGGAGAGUUAGCAAAAAUUAUUUUGUGUUUUCAAACAAGACUCCCGACCAACCGGUGCUUCAACAUUUCUCAUCCUGGAAGAAAAUUUGGGUACCUGCGAAUGUUCAGUAGUAACCUUCAUUGCAAGUUAAGCUGCUCGAUUAUAAUACGAGUAAUGGGUAUCAAACGACUGAUGACUUGUUUUAUGUGGGGUGACACUGGAGAUAUUUGGAUAGAGGGAGGAGAAAGCAGACCUAACCUUGUCCUCCCAAUCCGCUGGUUUGUUCCUCUUCCUCCUCCUCUCUCCCCCAUCCCCAAGCAAACCACACCAGGUUGUGCUUACCUGUGUUCCCACCUGCAAAAUGGGACUGCAAAACAUUUCACCCAGCUGCGCAAAGUAGGCACUCUUUCCAUAGCAGUGCAAACAUGGAAAGUGCUGUAGAAGUGAUUAUGAAUGCUUUGGGUUGCAAUUGCUACUGAUAUUUCUCCAUGCAUCAAAGGUGUAGCCAAUGGGGCACCCUCGAGAUGUUGUCGGACCAUCAUCAGGGCCAACUGCAUUUGGAGGGAACUGUGUUGUCUAGCCUUGCUCUGCGUAUAUUUGUAUACUCAACUGGGGUGGGGUGGGGUUGGUGAGAGCGGUAUUUUCACCAGAUUUCGCUUUCCCAGAGGUGUGAACCCACUGCGGCAGUCUUCAUUGAGGAAAGCAGAAACCUUGCAAUUAUGUGUCUUGAUAGUGGGAAAACGUAUAUAUUAAGAAAUCAUUUAGCAGUGUCCUCAUGGUAGUAAACCUUCCGGUGGCUCUUGCUUGAUUUACAAAUACAUAUUUGUAAUAAAAAAGAUGGCAUUUCCCCAAGGCCAGAAUAGAUUUGUCAUUAAUUCUGGCUUGUAGCACUUGGGAACCCAAAGUCCUAUAGCAUAUUGUCAUGAAUUAAUCCUGGUGGUUUUGUGAAUUGGCUGUCCCCAUGUGCACGGUGACAGUACAGCUUUGCUUGCUGUUCAUUCACACAACAGGUUCCACUGGCAAAGAGUCAAGCAGCUUCUUAACAUUGCACUCUAGGCUUGCCUCUUCAGCAGUGGGGACAGUUGUACCGAAACCAGAAAGCAAGAGUUUCAGCUGUGUAUGCAGUUCUUUGCCCAAGGCUGCUUGUUCUCUUUUCAUACUGUGUAAAUUUUGAAUGUUACCCCAACCCAGGUUCUAAAAACAGGAUCUCAUUGUGAAUACUUCUAAGGAUUGGGAUUUUGUCUUCUCUGCAUUCUAGGGGAAAUUGGUCUCUGUAUUGCUUGAGGUAUUGUGGUUGAUCUGUAGAAAAAGCUGAGUUUCUCCCAAAGACCAUUCUGUAGAAUGGAACAUUGGAUUACAACCAAACUGAAAUCCAUGAACAGACAUGACUAAUUUGGGUCCAUUAAUUCUGAUGAGUCUACUCUGAGUCAAAUCUAAUUGGCUACAACCCCAUAGCUAUACUGAUCAUAGAGCUAAUCAACGCAUCCAUUUUAAGCCCGAGGUGCAGCCAACUUCAUAAUGUAGGUGGGAAAUCGCAGCUCUGAAUAUGUUCUUAUGUAGGAAGUACUCCAUGAAGGGGAACAGGGAGUAAGAAUAGCUUUCCAUAGCUUUAAUAAUUGCUCCUUGGCAAGCUAGCAUUCCAAAGCCAGGGAUAUUUUGGGGUCCUUGUGCAGGUGGAGGAAUCCACUCAUUCAGUUCUCCGCCUCUGUUGGAAAUACUACUACUUCUAAAUGGUGUUGCUUGGCUCUAAUUUAAGAGAUCUCUUACAUUGUUUUAGCAUAUUCAUUCCCCCGAUGCUGAAUGGCAUCUGACAAUGGCAUCAGGAGACCUGACAAUCUUGUGUAGCCAACAAGGACCAUUAUUAAGCCUGCAUUGCACAGCUUCUCACUUGAACCCAGGUAGCAGAAAGAGGAAAUCAACACCCCUCAUCUGCUUUCAGCGGUUGCUGAGGCUCAAAGAACCAAGCAUGUUUUUAAAGGGAACCUGUAGCUUGGCUCUAAGCCAUGAGGAUCGCUGUCCUACCAACCCAAGCUCCUAGUUCUGCAGGAAGCUGCUAGGUCAUCCUGAACGGAGCAAUGAUUUCCACCCCUUUUACAAGUAGAAAACACACCAGAGGAGCAGAGAAGGGGGCAGAUUCGGUGUCUGAAAUUUAUGUCUGCACCAUAAUCUUAAAGUCAAAUAUUCAGGAAGGGCAUAUGGUACAGCAAUUGUACCAUGUUGCAGUGCAUGCGAGAGGUGGCUUGGUUAGUGAACACCUAAGCCAGUGACAUUCUCCUCCCCCUCCCCCCGACCCCAUGUUGAUUUUUGCAGUGGUCUAGUCUCGUGGAAGACCAGUUCUUCUCAAAGCUGGAUUUGGCUAUCAGAAUGUGUCCCUGCAUCUCUGCACAUGGGGAACACAGCAGGAAGACUUCUAGCCUGCCUUCUCACUAGCAUGUUAGCCGUCCACAUGCAACUGGUGCAUAUCCAAGCCUGGUGUCCAUCCUAGAUCAAUACCAUGUGCCUUUCCUGGAUGUUAAAAGCUCACUUUUGGGCACUUCGCACUACUUUGGUUUUUGUUCACCCGAAGCACUUUCCCCUUCCCCCUCUCAAACUGCCACUGGCAGCUUCUGUUAUGAAAUGAGUACUUCUUUUUGUAGAUAAUUUCUCUUUUUGUAACCAUUUUUUUUUUUUUGGUUCGUGGCAAAGUUUUAAAUUAAAGAUGUAAAACUCUAGAAACCUGUCUGACACUGAAUUUGUUUC